AACUCAGUCAUCAGGAUUGUGGAACCGUUUUGGUGGAGUUUCCAUUUUGAUUAAAUUAGAUAUCUUAAGAUAUUGCUGGUAACACUACCCACACGUUGAGUGGUUCGGGGAACUUUUUCGAGAACUGUUUGGUGUGUUGCUUAAAUUGAAAUGAUGCCCAUCUACAUGGACUCAUAUCCUCACCUAAGAAGCCAAGUGCCUGCUGGUCAGUGUUAUUAUCCUAGCUAUGUUGGUAUACCACCUCAGAUGACGGUGGAUCAAGCUAAAUUUCCUAUGAUGUAUGGACCUUGGAGUAAUGGCAGCAACUGUGGCCACAUGAUCCCAUGUUAUGCGUCCUCCAACCAUGGCAACGUCCCAGUUUAUUAAAGUUUGAGCCCUCCUACCUCUCAUUUGUCGUCAUCACCACUCUUUCAUAGCUGUGGACCUCAUUCUGUGUUCACUUCACCAUACCAUGUCAAUUACCAAUUUACUCCACAUCAUUCGGUGGUGCAGCCUAGGUAUGAAUAUGAUAAGGAGGCAGAACGAGACUAUCACUACUGUGGCUGCCUUAAUCACACAUGCAAUCAGAGAAGUGGAGGUGUAAAGAUUGAAGAGCAGGACCCUGAAAUUGUGAGGAAAAAUGAUUUGUUGGUUCCAAUUAACUCAAAAAAUUACCCUUAUCCUGUUAUGUGGAUCCCACCAGAGUACAUUAAGAAAGGUCAUGACUAUGGAAGACCUCUUAAAUCAGAGUUAGAAGACCAGAAGAAUGGUUCAUGCCACACAAAUUUCCAUGAGGAUACAAAGUCCCCUGAAAAAGGGCCAAGAGUUUGGAAUGGCUGGUUUCCACUAGACUUGAACAGCCUUAAACCUUUGAUGCAUGAUGAGGACAAGGAGAGAACAGACAAUGACCUGACUGAGGAUAAGUUGAAGCAAUUCCCAUGACCAUAUCCCAUUAUCCGGAUGCCUUCUAAUAAUGGAAAAGAGGAGGCUCAAAAGGAUCAAAAGCAGUCGAAUGGCUGGUUUCCAGUUGACAUAAAUGGCCUCAAAUCCUUGAUGAAGGAUGAAGAUGAGAAGGGAAGUCAGAAUCAACAAGUCGAGGAUAUAAAGAGGCAAUUUCCUUUUCCUAUAAUCUGGAUGCCUUCGCACAGUGAGCAAGGGGAAACUGACAAGAAAGACAAAAGGGAUCCAAAUGUUGCUUUGAAGGCUGAGGAACCGCUGUCCAGCUUCAAGGUCAUUCCAGUGAAGUCCUCAGAGAUUGAUGACAGCUUGAACAAAUCUGAUGACAGGAAUAAUUUUGGUGAUCGGGCUGAAACCUCACAGCCUGUGGACAACAUUGCCACUCAGAAAGUCAAUUCAGUGAAGAGAGUGGAAGUACAGAAGAAAGAAGACAGCUCUGAUGAAACUAUGAAAGUAAGUGAUGCUCCACCAAAGUAUGCCAAAACUGUUACGACGGACAACCCCACAGGAACCAUUAUGAGAAAAUAGUCAUCCCCUCAGAAGACAUCUAAGUUAUCUCCUGUUUGUCUGAGAGUUGAACCUUUAUCAAAAAUGAAAAAUGUUAAUGGCAGUUCAAGAUCUCCUAGUCCUCCUGGCUCUAACAAGCGAUUACUAGAACAUGCAAAAGGCUCUCCCCGGCCUUUUGCUUCAUCAAGAUUGAGAGAGAACGCACAACAGGAUACGCAAACACAAGAUUGUUUCACGAACAAGAGUGAGGAGGUGGAGCCUGGAGAAAUGGAGAGGAAAGUUGUUAACAUAGCAGAUGAAAGAAACUGUGAAAACAAGAACGAAGACUGGAGGACCGGAUCCCAGAGGCAAAAGCCUGUGAGGUUGCACAUUGACUCUGUAGAAGACACGUUCAAGAAAUUUUCUACAGAGGGAACUGAAGGGAUGCUUAUAAGAUUGAAGAGGAUGAAAGGGUAUGAGAUGGGAGAGAUAUGGGUGAGAUGGCAACUGAAAAUAAAAUACCACAUUCAGCUGAAUCAAAUGGCUGAAGUUCGUGAGCAGGUGGCAGAGAUUAGAAACCAUAUAAAAGCUCUUGAAUCUACUUCUGAUUUACAGAAAAAUUGUAGGGAAAGAGAUGUGAUUGGAGAAAUGAUAAUGCGACUUCUUCUGAAAUUAGACACUGUUCAGGGCUUGCAUCCAAGUUUAAGGGACAUAAGAAAAGCUUUGGCAAGGGAGCUUGUAACCCUGCAGGAGAAGCUUGAUUUACUGGUUACAAAGAUGCCUAGAGAGGCUACUAAACCUGAUUUUGAUCCCAAGAUUGACACUCUUAGUGGUGUAGCCAUGCAAGUAAUGCAAAACAAGGGGGCAGGAAUCGUUGAAAACUCUGUUGAGACCGGUGGUGAUGAUGGCAUGAACAUGAAAGAGCAAGGCCAGAGUCAGCUUUCCCAGAAUUCCCCAACCCAGUGUCAAGAUAUCUCAGAGCCUUCCCUUGCUGGUAAAAAGGUGCAUGGAAGAUGUGAAAAUGAGAUCCGAGAAUUAUUUGUGGAAAGUGACAUGGACCCUCCAGUGGCAGAAUUGACUUCAAAUAUGCAAUUAGAAGAGAAUGCUGUCAAUGGAGUGCAUGAUGGUAUUAAAGUUGACAAGAGAGAGGUAGAAGGGAAAAAUGGUAUACACCCUGAGCUCGAGCAUUCUGUUCAAUUGCCAUUGGUCACUGAAGAGAAGACCAGCUCUGAGGAAAUUGUGGGAGCGCCGACUGCAGACUUGUGUUAUAAACAAAAUGGGUUGGAGAAUAAAGCGGUGGUUGCCCAAGCAAGUGAUACAAUACAUGUUGGUGAUAAUCUGCAGGCAAACGAGUUGAGAGAAUUGCCUACCAAAUUGAUUGAAGAGAACCUUACCGUUUCCAAGUUGGAGGAAGUCAAAGUAACUGGGAAAGGGGAGAACAAGAUUGAAGAUGGUGAAAUGGAAUAUAGCAUGUUAUCAGAUCCAAGUUCAUCUACCACUGAUGUUGAUAACAUGAUGGCCAUUGAAGUUGAAGCUGACAAGAAGACAGUGGCCACCAAAGAGCCAGAAAUAAAUAUGUUGGCUGAACUUCCUCUGGGUACAAUUGAAGAUGAGCGAGCUGUUUCUGCAUCUGAAGAGCUACAAACAAAUCUGUCAGCUGAACUUCCUCUGGGUGUGAUUGAAGAUGAGCCAGCUGUUUCUGCAUUUGGGGAGCUCAGGCAGAUUAAGGCAAGGAAGGAUGAGGGCUCAUGCCAUGAACUUCCUGUUGCUGCAUCUGAAAAGCUAGAAACAAAUCUGUUAGCUGAACUUCCUCUGGGUGUAAUUGAAGGUGAGCCUGCUGUUUCUGCAUUUGGGGAGCUCAAACAGAUUGAGGCAGGGAAGGACGAAGCCUCAUGCCAUGAUGAAACGAUUGACAAUGCGAUAACCAAUAAAACUGCAACGGAAGCAGAAGCAGAGAAUGUGAUGUUGGAGGAAUUGCCAGUAAAUGCAGCACCUGAAGUAGAGGAAACUCAACCAUUUUCUUCAGUAGUAGAGGAGAAACAAUUGAUGGAAAUGAUGGAUGUUGAUCAUGCACCCUCCCUUGAAUCAGCAGUUACAGAUGUUGCCACUGAGGAGUCUGAGGAAAAGAGAGAAAAAAUAUGGGAGCCUGAAGCAAAUAGAAAUAAAGAAGAUGUGCUUCUUGACUCACAGUGCGAGGAAGGAAAGUGUAAAAUUGAGAGAGACAAAAAAGAAGAUGACCUGUGGAGUCAGUUUGCGAGCACCAAAGAGGAUGUUGUUGUUGCUACACCAACUUCCCAGAAACAUAUUGAUGAAAAAGACAUUGUGAUGGAAAGAGAUAAGAAAUUGAUAGAAGAGAAUGCUAAACUGAGAGAGAUGUUGGAGAAGCUGAUGGAAGCAGGAAAAGAGCAGUUAACCGUAAUAUCCGACUUAACGGGAAGGGUGAAAGAUUUGGAGAGAAAGCUGUCUAGGAGCAAAACACAUGGAACAAGACGCAACAGGAAAACAGCAACCACACAUUCCGGUACGAAUUUGUUAACAAAUUCCAAGAAAGGACAGGGCUGUUAAUGGUGCUACGUAAGCAUGCGAUGUCUUUCUCAAAACCAAAACCAGUUGAUGAUAUAGAUGUUAUAGGUGGCAUGUAAAAUUUAAUGGCGUGUAAUGUCUUUGCAAAGUAUAUGAAUAAAAAUAUAAAAUUUAUGUUUUGUUUUUAA